UGAUAAAGACUGUUUCUUUGAUUUCUCAUAUCAGUCACUCAAACACUUUAUAGCCUUGAUUGAUAAACACUUGAAACAAUUUUAAAAAAUAUAUAUACAAUAUACAUAUUUUAUUUUCUGAUAUACAUAUCUGUUAAUAUAAGUUGUAUUUUCUCAAGAAAUUAGGAGACAUGAAUAUGGUCUCGGAAAAACCGGAAGUGCUCUGUCGAGUCUGUGGAGACAAGGCUUCCGGUCGUCACUAUGGUGUGCCCAGUUGCGACGGUUGCCGUGGGUUUUUCAAGCGCAGUAUUCGCAGAAACUUAGAAUACGUGUGCAAAGAACAGGGUAGAUGUAUUGUGGACGUUGCAAGAAGAAACCAAUGCCAGGCUUGUAGGCUCAAGAAAUGUCUCAGCGUAUGCAUGAGGAAAGAAGCUGUUCAACAUGAGAGGGCUUCUCGGUCUCAACCCAGAAGACGUUCAAGGUUGGUCACCAGCUCUUCAGACGCUUCGCAUUGUUAUGGAAACUCUUUAAGACCUGGUUCUCAGAGAUCCACCAUUUUGAACAAUGUCUCGCUGGGCGUUGGACCAUUCUGUACGUCUGUCGCUUCAGAUGUCGGAAGGUUGCCUCCACCCUCCUUGUUGUCACACGUCAACACAAGCAUUCCAGUUUCUGUGCCGUUAUCUUUCAGGAGAAAUGACGAAGAGACUCAAGCCGAAAUAUCAAGACCAAUGCAUGCAGAUCUUAAGCCACAAAGUCCAGCCUCAACCAAAAAAUCAUGUCUCGAAGAUUGCAUCUCAAGUGACGAUUCUAGAAACUCUACACCCCCACCUCAACCUCGCACCAGUCCGACCUCUACUGUCCACCUAACGCCCACCUCCCACAUAUUCAGGAGCAGUCUGCAAUCUCCAGAGAACCUCUCCAGGACCGCAUCUUAUGUGGCCAUGGAUCAUCCACGAUGUGGGGUGAUGGGCCCUUCAAACAGCCUGCCACCCGCUUUCUUUGGUCCCUUUCCACCCAAUCCCCUGGACACGAUAUACGAAGCUGCUGCAAAGCUGUUGUUCUUUUCAAUACGCUGGAUGAGAGGUAUUCCAUCGUUCUUGCAACUUGGAUUUCGAGAUCAAGCCAUCCUUUUGGAAGAGUCCUGGUGUGAUGUCUUUGUUCUGAGUGCAGCCCAGUGGGGAUUUCCCCUGCAAGAAGGAUUUCUUUCAUUCGUCAAUGUGAUAGCACCCGAAAAGCAGAGUUUAGUUGCAACUCAGCUUCAUCAAAUGAAAAAUGUUAUGUCACAAUUGGUGGCUCUACACGUUGAUCACACGGAGUUUUCUUGUCUUAAAGCUUUGGUACUCUUCCGAUCAGAAGCGAGCGGUUUGAGAGAUCCAGUACAAGUGGAAAUGUUGCAAGAUCAGACUCAGCUUAUGUUGCACGAGUACGUCCUAACCAAACAACCACCUUCGAAGGUUCGAUUUGGAAAACUCCUCUUGGUCCUCUCGCUGGUGAGAAAGGUGAACGCCAGCGUCGUGGAAGAAGUAUUUUUUAGAAAAACCAUCGGUUCGGUUCCGAUUGAGAGGCUACUUUGCGAUAUGUUCCAAGCAGCGUAACUUUUAAUCGAUUAUUUACUUUAUACUUAUAGCUCGAAUGGUACGGUUUAAAAAGGGCUGUUGCAAUAAAAUAAAUAGAUAAAUCUAUCAUUACUUUGAGAAAGCUCUCGGUUCUCGGAUUCUUAAACCAAAACAUUGCAAUUCCAUCGUGCCCGAUCUCUGACGGCCGAUGAUAUUCAAUUGAAGCCCUAGAGUUGGAAUAAAUACAAUAAUGCUGCCAUUUUGAAGUUCAAAUCAUGAAGAAGAAAAAAUCCAAGACGGAGAUCUCCGAAUGAAAGUUUAACAAGUAUUAUCUAUCACUAUUAAUCUAGAAGAUCUCCAAACUCUGGUUUAUUUAAAUUUGAAACUUUGAGGUGGAUAAAAGGAUUUUGCAUCGAAAGAUUGUUGAAGUCUUGACUUUCAAGUAGAAAUUCGAAGUGAAUAUCUUUGAAUUAAAAAGAAUGCAACUGGAGCAAAUGGUUUGAACAUAUAGAUGCUGUUUUGUUAAUUGCAUGGACAAAAAAAGAAGAAAAAAAUCAGGCAUCCUAUUGAAAUCUAGGAGCUGGUGAAUAGUACCUUAAGGUGUCCCUUGAAGGAAAAUUGGAAGCAUUGCAUUGUUUAAGUGAACAAUUUUAGCUUUACUCAGAGAUUAUAUGCACUUUAAAAUCAAGAAAAAUGCUAUUGUUAUAGGUGAAAGGCAAAACGGAGAUCAAAUCACAAGAAAGUUGUUUCAAACUGUAAAGAAUUAAUAAAAAGUUAUUAAAUAAAUGUGUUGAACAUUG